UGCAGAGAGGCCUGAGCUGCUGAAUAAACUCUCCUCUUUCUGUCUCCCUCCUCUCUCAUUCCGUCGCUCCUCUGCCUCGCCGCUGACUGCUAACCCUCUUACAGGCCCGCGUCCUCAUUUCACUGCGCAGCUGCAAACAUGGUCGAGGCUUUCGUGGGCACGUGGAACCUGAAGGAGAGCGAUAAAUUUGAUGAUUACAUGAAAGAGUUGGGUGUGGGCUUUGCAACACGCAAGAUAGGCAACAUGACUAAACCCACCACAAUUAUCUCUGUGGAUGGCGACACGGUGACCGUGAAGACCCAGAGCAGUAUUAAGAACACGGAGCUUUCCUUUAAGAUUGGAGAAGACUUUGACGAGACCACUGCAGAUGACAGGAAGGUCAAGUCCCUAGUGACAAUAGAGGACGGCAAGUUGGUACACGUACAGAAGUGGGACGGUAAAGAGACCAGUUUGGUCAGGGAAGUUGACGGAAACAAGCUCACAUUGACACUUAAAAUUGGAGAUGUGGUUUGCACACGUCGCUACGAGAAAGCCGAAUAAAACCCACCAUGGAGUGUACUGCAUCAGCUGAAGCCCCAAAACUCCGUACUGCUCUACAGUAAGGAGGCCAAGAAAACGCCAUGUAUGGCUGCUAGCCCCGUGUUAUUGUACUUUCAGUAUUACUGUUACUGUUGACAUUGACUUUGCCUGUUUCGUAAACUUCUCCUUUUUUCUUUUCUUUUUUUUGUUUUUGUUUGUCCCUUUACUAAAACACUGAAUAAAUUCCAAUAAUUUGUUGUUGUUUUCAAUAAAACUGCUGAUUGUU